GGUAGCUACUAAAGGAAGACGAGAGCAGAUGAAACCUAACCGCCAACUCCAAUAGCGAAGAGAGGAGGGCAGAAUGACAGGAAGAUGCCAGUAUAAAAACAACGCCCACCGUCACGGACUGUCUGGCAAGCUCGGCGAGCAUCCUAGGCCCUCCUAACCCUCAGCAUCCUUCUUCAGCAUCCAUUCAGUCUAGAAUCAGAAUCUUCUGGUCUCCCGGCAUCAACCUCGAGCUGAUACCCGACUCCGCACGGCCACACCCAGGUUCGAACACAGGCCCAAAGGACAUGGUAUUCAGCGUCCUCGUUUCCUUUCGCCACAGCAUGCACCCAUCUAACAAUCUUUGUCAAGAUGUGCGGCUUUCACCACAACCACGGAUCCAGAUACCGCUGCAAUGCUGCAGACUGCGGCUGCUCGCAUUGCAGGCGGUCUGAUUACUACGGCCCACCUGCUUGAAGCCAUCGACGAGCAAGAUCGAGGAAGUCCGACGAAGCCUCAAAGGGACGAAAUGGAGGAGACGGCGGAUAUUGGAGAAAUGCAACAGCACGAACUCUGGUAGAGGGGGGAGCAGAGAAGGACAAGAAACGUGGGGAUGGAGAAUAGGAACAAGGAGAAGGGGACAUGACAAAACUUUGCCUCUUGGUGUGUAGACGCCCAAGCAUCUAACACCAUCUACACCUUGAACUACGUGCGGAUUACAAUGCUAAUGUGGAUCCAACGUUGCAAAACGAAACCUGCUCUAGUUUUGUAAGUACGGCUAGGUUCUUCUGCUCCCACGAGUAGCCCACGCACGCUCUCUGCGCCUAGCCGAUGGCUGCGCCAUGAGGCGGUGUUGUGGUACCAGAGCAAAAGAUCUGGCUGUUUGACGUGGGCAUUCGGAGGCAGCCCAGUGCAUGCUUGACGCAUCUCGGAGAUUUGUGCUAAGACGAACUAAACCGCUGGAGCAUCUCCACCAAGCUGUGACAAGCCCGGUACGUAGGCUUUUGACCUUGCCAUCAAGUGGGCGCAAGGGGAAUUCCUUAGUUUAGGU